ACAGGAAGGCCACACCAUCCCUCACCAUCAUCAGGGGAGAGAAGUGACUGAUAUGAAAACUGAGGUUAAAGAGGAAGAAGAGACGUACAUGAAAGAAAAUCAGUUGUGUAUGAAGGAAGCUAAAGUUAUGGUGACAGUUACAAAAGAGGAACCUUCUCUAGGUGUUAGCACUGGUAGACACAGUGGAUGGAAUACCCCAGAGGGACAUCAUAUUUCACCUCCAAAUCUAAAUGAGGAAAAUAAUGACAUUGAACGUUGUUCUCCAGGAGUAAGCAUUUUUACCCAAUACAUGCAUCACAGACUUGAUCAUAUGGUUAUAACAACGGAACUGUUUAAUUCUGAGGAUUCAAUUGACAAAUCAAAUACUAUUAUCUCAAACAUCCAACCUAGCUUUCACAACGCAGAUGGGUCACCAGAUCCUUCUAAUCCUAAAGAAAUGACUUCUAAUAAUGUUAACAUUACACAUAGAGAUAAUAAGUUACUUCCAUGUACUUUCCAAGAUUGUGAAAAGUCAUUUAUCAAAGAACAAGACCUUGUUUUACAUCAGAGAAUGCACACCAGUGAAAAACCCUUUUCAUGUUCCGCAUGCGAGAAGUCCUUUGUAAAGAAAUCACAACUAGUGCGACACCAGAGAAUCCACACCGGGGAAAAGCCUUUCUCGUGUUCUGAGUGCGAAAAAUCUUUCACCUUCCAAUCCCAACUCUGAAUACACCAAAGAGUCCACACCGGCGAGAAGAAGCCCUUUCCAUGUUCCGAGUGUGAGAAGUCCUUUAUAACGAAAGCAGAACUCAUUCGACAUGAGAGAAUCCACACCGGGGAAAGGCCCUUCUCGUGUUCUCAGUGCGGAAAGUCUUUCACCAACACAUCGCUACUUUAUGCACAUCAGAGAAUACACACCGGAGAGAAGCCCUUUUCCUGUUCCAAAUGUGAGAAGUCCUUCAAUCACAAAACUGGAUUGAUUCGUCACGAGAGAAUCCACACUGGGGAGAAGCCCUUCUCGUGUUCCCGAGUGUGGAAAGUCUUUCACCCAGAAAUCUCUCCUCCAUACACACCAGAGGGUUCACACUGGUGAAAAGCCCUUUUCCUGUUGUGAGUGUGGAAAGUGCUUCUCCAAUAAAGGGAACUGUGAUAGGCACAUGAGAAUUCACACCGGCUACUGAAUGCAUAUGAUUGGCAGGGGCGGGGGAAGCAUGUAUAUAUGCUGAAGUGGGAGAGAGAGCUGGGGGAGUCACUGCCGAUGGAGGCCUGGCAGGCCGUCUGGAGGCAGGCUGCUAAAUCGUCCCUAUGCACCUUGUAUAAAGAAAACUCAUAUAAAAUUCUGUGUUUCUUUUACCAAACCCCGGACAUACUCCACAAAAUAUUUCCCUCCACCUCUGACCGAUGCUGGCGAUGCCAUCAGGACAGAGGCUCUCUCUUCCACAUUUACUGGACGUGCCCCCUUAUCACCCCGUUUUGGCAGUCCACACAACAGCUGCUUACCCAUCUCUUUGAGACGCCAAUCCCCCUAACCCCUAAACUAUUUUUGCUAGUUAUCUCCCAACCCCGCCUGGCCAAGCCAUAUAAAAAACUACUUAGGCACGUACUAACGGCGGCUAGAUGCUUGAUAGCCCUUAAUUGGAAAAAAUCCACACCCCCGUCCCAAGAGGCCCUUUACGCUAGGGUCAAGGACGUGGAGUUGAUGGAGCGGAUGACAGCUAGGAUACGUAAUGGCAUGGAUGCCCACGACGAGGUCUGGAGUGAGUGGCACCGGCGGGAGGACCCGCCGGGGGCGGACGGGGUGGUAGAUGCGGUAACCUAAAUCUCUCUUCCCUCUCUUUUCCUCUUUUCUUUUCUUGUUUCUUUUCUUGACCCUUCUCUCCUCUUAUACAAUCUACUGUUACGGUGUCACCGUUGACACCAGAGUAUAGAAAACGGUUUGAAAUGCAUAGUUUGUUGACAUGACUGGCGGUAGAGCCAGCUUUUGGAAUAGGGCCCCAUGGGCCGGAAGCUCAACUCCCCCUCUACCCAUAAAGGGCAAGGGUAAUAUUUGUAUUCUUGGAUAAGUGUCUGCUUUGGCUAUUGUUAUUACCUGCAUUUAACUGUAUCUUGCGAACUGUUUUAUAUAAAUAAAAAAUG